UCCCGUGAGAGGUGGGGGGCGGGUCCGGCCGCCCGCGGAACCUGCGCCUGCGCCCGCGCUGCGGACGCGGCGACCGGUUUUUCUGACCCAGCUGGAAGGGCCGGCGCAGGUGGCCUCGAGUGCGUGUUCCUCUUGGCCUCUGAUGUCUGCGAGGGGAAUUCAGCAACAGGGACCCCUGUCUGGUGCUCUGACCCCAGCUUCCUCAAUCCAGGCUCUAGAGAGGCGCCCUCAGCCGAGCCCCGGGGUCCCGCGGGCCGCGGACCCUCUCUCCCUUUCCCUGCUCUGCACCCCGGGCCGGCGCUCCGUCCUGGGCGGAUGCCCCUCUGCGCCCUGUGGGCCCGCGCCGGCGCUUGUCCCCGUCCCGACCUGGGUUGGCCAUCACCCUGCGUUGGGUCGGGGGCUGUGUUUGUGCUUUCUGGCAUUGUAUUCGGCCCCGAGCGCUUACUGGACACUCAACAAAUGGCUGUCCCUUCUCUGGCUGCUGUCUGCUAGCCCUCUCACCAGCCUGGGCUCUGUCAUUCGGCCUGUCUGCUUUAAGGAAUAUACUCAGUCUACCCCAGCACACUCCCUCUGCUUGAAGAGCAGGCUGGAAGGAGAAAGGUGUCCUCUUUCUGCUCAUGUGGAAAUUGCCUGGGAAGCUAGUAAGCUGUUGGCUCUGAAGGCAGUUGGCUGUCCUGAGUUUUCGAGUCCCUUGGAAGGAUUCUGGGGAGUUGGCCGAUUGGCUGCAGACCCGAGCUCAUCUGACGAUGUGAACAGCCUCCUGAGACCUGCAGGAAUGUGAUGACAUCAGUCCUUGUCCCCCUAGCUGGUCCACGUUAGCUCAUGGGAUCCUCUGACGACCUCCCUGGAAGGAGACGCUCCCUUACAGAUGGGGAAGCUGGGCCUUUUGGCUGAAGUCAUUGAUUCCUGAGGUCACAUGGUUGUAGGUGAGCUGGGAUUACUCAGUGGCCUGGCCGGGUGUGGGCGCCUGUGGAUCUUGGCGGGGGUGUGGGCUGCUCAGCGCUGGGUGACCACAGCGGGACUGAUGUGUGAGGCCACGGCACUGUGGGUUCUUGCCUGCCGUGCCUCCCUCCACGUUUGGGUUUGCAGGGGUCCUGACUCCUGACUCCGGGCAUGUCCACGUGAGGGGGGAAGAUCACUAAACUCUGUAAACAUCAUGGGGAUUUUUAAGAACAUCCUUGCUCAAGGCCUGGGGUUGCUAUGUUUCUGUGUUCUUGGCUCACUGUGUUUUCCUGGAAAAAUAAAUAAAUAAAAAACACUGGCCAAUAGGUUUAUUGCCAUAUAUCAUUCGUGACAAAGAUGGUUAUCUUUCUUAGUUACUAAUCACCUUGGGAUUUCUAAUGUUUAUUUAUUUUUGAGAGAGAGAUAGAGCAUGAGUGGGGGAGGGGCAGGGAGAGAGGGAGACACAGAAUCUGAAACAGGCUCCAGGCUCCGAGCUGUCAGCACAGAGCCCGACGCGGGGCUCGAACCCACAAACUGUGAGAUCGUGACCUGAGCCGAAGUCGGACGCUUAAGCGACGGAGCCCCCCAGGUGCCCCAGUCAUCUUGGGGUUUCUAGAUGUGCUCACGUUUGGGCCCCAAGACGUGAUGUUGUCAGGGGCUCUCUCUUCAGGAGAAAGGCCACAGGGUCCAUAAACCCUGAGACCGGGUUGGGGGCCCUGGGGGAGGCUGGAGAGGAGUGAGGACUUGAGGAGCAGCCGUGAGAUU